GGUGUCGCUUGUGCUGUUUGGGGCUCGUACUGCGCAGCCGCAGACCGCGUGAGGAAGAUGGUGCUCGUUAAGGAAUACCGUGUUGUGUUGCCAGUCUCUGUGGAAGAGUAUCAAGUAGGCCAGCUGUAUUCUGUGGCUGAGGCAAGUAAGAAUGAGACAGGAGGAGGAGAAGGCAUUGAGGUGCUGAAAAAUGAGCCGUACGAGAAGGAUGGGGAGAAGGGACAAUACACACAUAAAAUCUACCAUUUAAAGAGUAAAGUUCCAGGAUAUGUGAAGAUGAUUGCACCAGAGGGAGCAUUAGUUUUUCACGAAAAAGCAUGGAACGCUUAUCCAUACUGUCGCACAAUUGUGACGAACGAGUAUAUGAAGGAUGACUUUAUGAUAAAGAUCGAGACAUGGCACAAACCUGACAUGGGAACAGUAGAAAAUGUACAUGACCUAGAUGAACAGACAUGGAGCACUGUAGAGGUUGUGCAUAUAGAUAUUGCAAACAAAGAAGAAGUGGCCCUCGGGGACUAUAAGCCAGAAGAAGAUCCAGCUCUUUUCCACUCAGCAAAGACCAGUAGAGGACCUUUAGGUCCUGAAUGGAAGAACGAGCUGAUGUCAGACUGUCCUUACAUGUGUGCUUACAAACUGGUCACUGUCAAGUUCAGAUGGUGGGGUCUGCAAACUAAAGUGGAAAACUUUAUCCACAGGCAAGAAAAGCGUAUUUUCACCAACUUUCACCGUCAGUUGUUCUGCUGGAUUGAUAAAUGGGUGGGUUUGACCAUGGAGGACAUCCGGCGGAUGGAAGAGGAAACUCAAAAAGAGCUUGAGGAGAUGCGUCAGAAAGGUGAUGUUCGAGGCACUUCUGCAACAGACGAGUAGAGGCACUGCACUGUAGGUGAAAAACUAGAGGCAGGCUGACUGCGUAAAACAGGUCCGAUUCGAGGCACCAGUGCUGCUUAUGAGCAGUGAGGCAAAUCAACCACACCCUCUUACAAUGAUGUCAUCAGAGACGCACCCACCCCGCUGAAGAAGUGGCCCUGAUGUCGCCUCCUCUUGUCCUGUCUCAUGUGAUUCAUUAGGGGUGUGUGUGUGGGGGGGGUGGGGGGUAAUUGGGUAACAGUACUGUACAGAUCCUACUCCAGUCACAACCUCCUAUAAACACAGAAAUCAAAACAAAUAAAAAGGGUGUUUGCAUACAUGUAGACAAAAAAUAUUUGCACAGAACUUAAAUUGCCUGUAAUGUAAUUGUUUGAUUCUUCCAAUGGGCUUGUUUUUAAAUCAGAUGUGUAAGCCAAGACUCUGAAAGUCAAGCCUUUUAAAUUAGAAUGUUGUUUUUAGCUUCACUGGUUUCCAAACAAAAAAAAAGUUAUUUUAAACUGAUACUGGAGCGUUUGUGUCCCUGCCCUAUCUUGUAGUAUGAGUCUAAUUUAUUCCAUGUCUCUCGUCAGUAUUGUCUGUAUAUUUUGUUCUUGUGGAUGUUUUGUUAAACUCCUGCUUCAUC